GCAGCAACAUGGAGACAAAGCCUCUAACCUUCCGGGUAACUGUGAAGUGAGUAGGAGAAGAAGCUCUUCAGUCCAUUGACAGUUACACUCAACUCUUUCAACUUGUCUACGUUUAACAGCCAGGAUCUACAAAUAGUUCAACGUGUCUGUCUCAUCUCAAGGUCCUGCAACAUGUCUAUUGUCAAGAUCCACGCCCGAGAGAUCUUUGAUUCUCGUGGAAACCCCACUGUAGAGGUUGACCUUUACACUGACAAAGGCUUGUUUAGGGCCGCUGUACCAAGCGGAGCCUCUACUGGAAUCUAUGAAGCCUUGGAGCUCCGGGACAAUGACAAAUCACGCUACCUUGGGAAAGGAGUCUCAAAGGCUGUAGAACACAUCAAUUCAGCGAUUGCUCCUGCACUUGUUGACCAAGAUGUAUCCGUGGUCGAGCAAGAGAAGAUUGACCAAAUGAUGAUUGACCUGGACGGCACAGAGAACAAAUCCAAGUUUGGUGCAAAUGCCAUCCUGGGUGUGUCUCUGGCUGUUUGCAAAGCUGGUGCAGCAGAGAAAGGAGUCCCCCUGUAUCGUCACAUCGCUGACCUUGCUGGAAACGCUGAGGUCAUCUUGCCUGUGCCGGCCUUCAACGUGAUCAACGGUGGCUCUCACGCGGGCAACAAGCUCGCCAUGCAGGAAUUCAUGAUCCUGCCCAUUGGCGCCAGCACCUUCAAAGAGGCCAUGCGCAUUGGAGCCGAGGUCUACCACAAUCUCAAAAAUGUGAUCAAGAAGAAAUAUGGACAGGACGCGACCAAUGUGGGCGAUGAAGGUGGUUUUGCUCCAAACAUCUUGGCUAACCAGGAAGCUCUGGAGUUAGUGAAGGAGGCCAUUGCCAAAGCAGGAUAUACAGACGAGGUUGUGAUUGGCAUGGAUGUGGCAGCGUCUGAAUUCCACAGGGAGGGAAAAUACGACCUGGACUUCAAGUCUCCUGAUGACCCAAGCCGUUACAUCACACCCGACGAGCUGGCUGAUCUCUACAAGAGCUUUGUGAAGGAUUAUCCAGUGGUUUCCAUCGAGGAUCCCUUUGACCAGGACGACUGGACAGCCUGGACCAACUUCACUGAAAGCACAGAUAUCCAGGUUGUCGGAGACGAUCUGACCGUGACCAACCCCAGUCGCAUCAGCAAGGCUGUGGAGGAGAAUGCCUGCAACUGUCUGCUGCUGAAAGUCAAUCAGAUUGGCACAGUUACUGAGUCUAUGAGAGCCUGUAAGAUGGCGCAGGAGAGUGGCUGGGGUGUGAUGGUCAGCCAUCGCUCUGGUGAAACUGAGGACACCUUCAUUGCCGAUUUGGUGGUUGGCCUUUGCACUGGACAGAUCAAGACGGGGGCACCUUGUCGCUCUGAGCGUUUGGCCAAAUACAACCAGAUUCUUAGAAUUGAAGAGGAGUUGGGGGACAAGGCUCGUUUUGCUGGAAAAAACUUCAGAAAUCCAUUGAUAGAGUAAAUGGAUGAAGUGUUUACUUCACAUACAAAUGGAUUUACACAAAUGCAACACACUGUAUGUUGCAAUGAUAAAAAUGUAGACCUUCUGUAUUCAAUUGCUAUCUGUGGUUGAUAGAAAGAACAUAGUGUAGUUAAUGAAAUUGGGACACUUAACUUCAUCUGUAUUCUGAUUUGUUUUGCUAAGUGGACAUAAAAAAAUAGAUUGUUUUGACAUGACAAAUAUUUAUUUACAGCACUUACGAAUUUUCGUCACACUUGGAGAAACGGUUAAUAAAAAAGUUUAUUAGUGA